AUGACGAUGGUGAUAGACCCGACUCUCGACGAUGACAGGUGGGGAUUGUUUGUACGCUACAAGCGCCAGUUUCGGUUCGAAAAGAACGAUUAUGACGUCCCUGAAUCCUAUUUCUGCCGACCCGGCGAGGAGAUUCGCCCCAAUACCAUCGAGCUGGUCAAGAGAUUCCUCAAACAAGUCCGCGAAUCCAGGAUUGCAUCCCACCUUGGAGGUUUCAUACCAAUUGAAGUGGAAGAGUUGCGCCAGGGUGCAUGCGAUAUUGAUAGAAGCGUCUAUGCUAGAAUUGUGGGAGCAGCUGAAUGUUCAAUUCAGAAAAUCGGUGAAGAGACCGGUCACAGUUAUAAGCUUGUGAAAGUCGAGAGGGCUGUCAUGACCAGGGCCUUGGUGAUGUUCUUGACUUUGACUGCCGAGGAAGAAGAAGAUGGUGGCCCUGUGCCAACUAUUCAAGCCGCG